CAGCCGCAACGCGUCAUGGCAGGCCAGUCGGCGAAGAAGGCACAAAAGGCUGGGUCCGAACUCAGCGCCAGGCUGAACCAAUCCAUCUUGGCCGUGAACGUGGUGUAUCUACUGUACCGUGUUCUGUGGCACUUUGCCACGUUCUCUACCUGGCAUGCUACGGGGUACGCUCUCAUAUUGACCGCAACAUACGCUAGCUACACCAUGGCCGUGGGUUCUGCCCUGGAAGGCACGAACAACGAGUAUGCCAUGGAUGUGCUGCUCGUGACGCUGGUGGUUCAAAUUGGCACGAUCGUGUCCGACUACUUUUGGUACUUGUACCUGGUGGUGCCGGGGUAUGUGUUCUACUACGUGGGCAAGAAGGCGAUUGGAUUCUUCUUUCCCCAAGGAGCUUCGUCCGAGGACAAGACUGGCGGCGACGCAGCCGUGUCCAAGCGCAUGCAAAAGUUGGAAAAGCGCGGAGUCCGCCAGCGUGCGCCAUAAACCACGGACAAUACGACCACCCCAUAGACUGUUUUGUUUUUGGUGGCUAAGGCGAUAUCUGUGUUCAAUUUUUACUUGAAACUAAGGAUGAAGUGAAUAAAUACUCCCCGGACUUCUUGUCCACACUAC